AACGUGUUAGGAGAACUCCAUGUAGGAGAAUGCCGAUUUUGCAAAAGCGGCUAAGAUAUUUAUCGUUUCCUCGGGCGAAUUACCGAGGAUUGUUCUAUUUUAUUUUCACGUAGUCGCCCGAAGUGCGGUUUCUAUUUAUAUAAAAUAGAAAACAAAUCCCCCUCUAAGUACAAUCCACUGUCUUUAACCCACAAAAAAAAAAAAAUUAAAAACAGCGAUUACAUAUAGUGGAAAAAAAAAUCAUCUAGCAGUUAACAAGAAGAACACCCUUUGCAUAUACUAAAACCAAAUACCAUUCCAUGAAAAAAGCGGCCGAUUAACAAAGGAACGAGUUCCCUAUGUGAUCCCUACAUAUCUUAUUCCAACGAAGAACUUUUUUUAAACCAACACUGGAACAACAAACGCAGAAAUUAACUGGAAUGGUUUACCACUGGGACAUAAAAAUUUACUCAAAUAUCAGAAAUUUCACGAAGAAUUUGUGCGUGAACUGAACGAAGCAUAAUUUACAAUAUCGAAAGAGAAAAUAAUCAUAUCAUUCAAGGAAGAAAAAAUUUGAAUAUGAAAUAAAAAGUUUUGCAAUAAUAAAAAAGUUUUGCAAUAAUAAAUAUAAAUGGUUUUGCAACUUUUACUAUCCUUUCAAACGUGGUUCUCGCACUCAGUUACGGUUGGUCAACGACGCCGUAAAUAUCGAGACUGCUACCAUAACUCAAAUUCUCCUACUAUCAGCCAUUUCCACAGUAAACACGGAAAGUUAAGAAGGCGAACGAAAAUGUCGAUAGCAAAAAUUUUACUUAUUUUAUUGGUGUGUGGCAUAUUCUUGCCGUUUCUUUAUAUUUUCUUGCUCGCUCCGCCAACUAUGAAACUAAUAAAAGAAAGAGCUUUUAAUAUGCCUGCACAUGAUGGAGAUGACCCUCAGGCUCAAUUCACAGAAGAUGAUCACAAAGCCUUUUUGGUAGAUCAGCAGAACAGAAAAUCUUUUUUGAGAUCAGCCUGCAAGAAACUCGGUUUACUCCCCAGAAAACGUGAAAUGAAGAAAAGCGAGUUUUCCAGUAUUCUUGUCGACGAUCCACACGGAUUUAUGUAUUGCCAAAUUCCAAAAGUUGCGUGCACUAAUUGGCGGCGAGUGUUACUUGUGUUAACAGGAUAUUACAAUACGACGAAAGGGUCUCAACUGAGAGCUAUGGAUGUCCAUGAUUCUUAUGAUAAGCAUUUGACUUACCUCAGUGACCUAUCAGCUGGAGGAAUCACAUAUCGUUUGCGCAAGUACAAGAAAUUUCUAUUCGUUCGAGAACCAUUUCAAAGACUAGUUUCUGCUUUCAGAAACAAAAUCCUCUCUUCAAAAAAUGAAUACUUUUUCCAAAGAUUUGGCCGCAUUAUUCUCAAAAGAUAUCGAAAUCGUUCAAUGAGUGAAAAUUCCAUGAGAAAAACAAAGGUUAAAUUUAGUGAGUUUGUGCAUUAUCUUAUCGAUGCGUCAACACGGAGAGUUAGUUUAAAUGAUCAUUGGGGUCAUUUUAGUCCUUUGUGUCAUCCGUGUUCGAUAAAAUAUGAUUUUAUAGGUAAAUACGAGACAUUGGAGAGAGAUGCGCAUUUUAUUCUUCGUGAUUUGACACCGAAACACUCGGUUAAAUUUCCAUCGCGUAAUGACACCUACAGAACUGCACAAACUGGUAAUGAUUUGGCAGCGCAAUAUUUCAAAACUCUUUCGCCUGCAUCUAUAAAUAGACUGUGGAAGAUAUACCGCAUGGAUUAUUAUCUCUUUAAUUACUCCUACCCCACGUGGUUAGUACCAUCUUAUAACAGGAACACAACAAUCAUUAAACAGUCUUCAAAAGUAAAUCCAGUUAAAAUUAAAACUACCUAGAACUUGCUUCUGUGUUAUGUGUGUGCGUGAGUGUGUGUAUGUAUGUAUGUGUGUGUGUGUGUGUAUUUUUGUAUGUGUGUGUAUAUAUAUAUAUAUAUAUAUUUAUAUAUUAUAUUAUAUAUUAUAUAAGUAAAUAUGGGAGUGAUAGUACUAUUAAAAUACCAUCACUAGUGGCGGCGAAUACCAGCCGUACAGACAAAAUUAAUGAAAUAUAUAUAUUAUAUACAUAUAUAUAUUCCGCAGGUUCCCUCAACCGCUAGGGUGUGGCACUUUUUCACACAACUAUCUUCAUCCAUUCUCGCCACAUGACCAUACC